CCUGUCUUUACUUAAAUGACAGCAUUCAUGAAUGUUUUAGGAAAACGUUUACAUUCGUGUGUAUUUCGAGAAAUCAGUUAUCAAAUUAAUUAUCAAAAUAAAAGUAAAGCGACUAACUACCGAGUAGCUAGUGUCACUAAUCAUGCGGCAAACAAACACAAUUCUAACAAUGCCAAGAAAGAGAAGAAAAUCCACAUCAAAGCAGAAACACCUGAAGAUGUGAAAUGUGACUGGGUUGGUCCCCCAGAUUUUUCCUCCAACAUUCGCCCGGUCAAACUUCACAUACCAGCUGAUGAGUCUCAGCUUGAAAGAAAUUACAGGCUAAAAAGGGAAGAAAUUGUCAAGUGGAACCAUGAUUUCUGGACACAAAAUAAUGCAAAUUUUUUAAAGGAAAAAGAAGAAUUCAUAAAGGAAAAAACAAGUGGACAAAGUGAUCGUGAUGACAAAGACCCUUCAAAAAGCUUGACACCAGAAGAAAUGUCUGUUUUCUACCGAGAAUUUCUCCAAAAAUACUAUAAAAAGCAUUUGUACUACAAUAUGGACUGGUACAAAAGGAACAUCCAGCUGCUAUGGCCAGCACUCCAAGUUGCUGUUUAUGGUGUUAAAAAGAAAAUGUUUCAUAAAAAAACAUGAACAAAAACUGCUUCAAUUUUGUUUUGUUAAUAGUGUCUGUUAUGUUUUCUAACAUGUUAUCUGAUGAAGUAGAUGCUAUGUAAAUGGAAAUUGAGUACCAUGAUGAAAAGCUGAAUUUAUGGCAAACAUUUCACUGCAUCUGAAAUUAGUUAUACUGGUAUAAAUUUGGUGUGCUGGAGGAAGCAAGGUUUUAAUGGGAGACAUUUUGACAAUUUUCCUAGGCAUACUGGAUAUGUCAAUCGAGAGCUGUAUAGGAUGAUUUAGUACAUGUAGGCACAAUAGAAGUAAUUUUAUGGUUUCUUACUAUACUUCCAGCUAAAGGAUGCAGCCAUAUUAAUGAGCUCUUGAUUAAAUAAUGAGUAAUUAUAGAUGAAAAAAAACAAUCAAGAGAGAUAAUUAAUUAGGCUUACUGUUAGAUCUUCACAGUAUCUACUUUACAUAUGUCAGAAUAUUUGUAUUUUGUGUUUAGUGCAGGCAUUUAAAAUACAAUUUACACAAGUGUUUUUAACGUUGGUCGUGGGUAGCUCAGUUGUUAGUGCGAGGGUUGCUCAGUUGUUAAUGACAGAGUUAGGGGAUUUAUAUCAUUCCAUAAACCUUCAUCAUCGUUAUAUUCUAUGAACCCGUUUUAAAAGCAGUAGUAUUUUAAAUAUUUGUGAGGUACAUUAAACUUCAUACCUCAAUAAAUCAACGUCAGAAUCAAAAUCUAAUGUGUUUACACCAUAGUAGCAAGUCGUAUAUGGUUAAAAAUUAAGAUCCAUUAAUUAUUCCAACAAUUUAAUGGUUUCGAACUUAAAUAUUUUACCAUGAAUUCUUUCUGGAGGAGAUUCUAAAAUACUACUUUUGUUCUGCGUCAAAAGUCUUCCUGCAAUAAAAGCUGGAUUGAAUUUUUUUAAAACGGCCAGUUUAUAAAAUUAGUGGCCAUUGGUCAGUUUUGUUAAUAGCAAACGAUUAUACAUAUUUGUAUAAACGUGCUUCUAGUAUUUAUGCUAAUAAAUUUACAAUAACUUGACAUGAAUGCCAUUAAUCAGGAUGUAGUCACGUGUUUUGUUAAUAACCAUGUAAAAUGUUUGCUGUUACUUACUGCAAUAAUAGCAAUACUACUAACACAUGAAUAUAAAUCUAUGUAAUUCUAACAUGGUGCUUUGUACUUGAAAAGAUGAGUGCAUUAUGUAUAUAUUUCUGUUUGAUUUAUAAAAACAAUAAAGACAGAGUCAUACAAAAUU